CGCGGUCACACUGUUACCAAUACGCACAGCUGUGCGGUUGAUGGUGAAAUAAAUAUUUUGCUUCUAUUCUGACACAAUGGAUAUAGCCACAACCGUAAAGUUUCGUGAUGUCUGCGAGCUGUUCGAAAAGGUUAAGGCGGCAAAGAAAGUUCAAGACAAAGAGGAUGUGCUGAGAAGCUACUAUGAGUCGUUCUGCCGACAUCGGGAGGCAUUUCGUCAGGCGGCUGGCUUAACGGACGAGCAGAGUGAGAAUGGCUCCAGCAGCUUCCACUCGGUCCUGCGUCUCCUGUUGCCCAGUGCAGACACUAGAAGGGACAACUAUGGCCUGCAAAUAACAGCUCUGGGCCGUCUCUACACCAGAGUGCUCCAGCUAACCAGGGACUCUCGCGAUGCCAUAAUGCUGCAGCAUCGUACUGGCUCCUCGUUUCGGGACUACGGAGAUGUGGUCUAUGCCGUACUUGUGUCCCGUUGCUUUAAUCCGCCAAGCGAUCUGCGUCUCAACGCCAUCCACGAAAUGCUAGAUACAAUUGCCAAUGAAGAUACAUCAGUUAAGGAAGAGGAACUGAUACGCUUCACAGAACAAGCCUCGGCCAGGGAGCAGAAGUGGCUAAUCCGAAUUCUCCUAAAGUCCCUGGGAUUGGGCAUAGGGGAGCAGCGCAUUUUCGGAGUUCUGCAUCCGAAUGCUAAGGACAUUUACCAGCGUUGCUCAGAUCUAAGUCACGUCUGUAAUUUAGUUGCCGAUAAGGUAUCUGACCUGAAAGUCAGCGACACGAAGAUCACAGGCAACAGCCACCCAUCAACUGUUAAUCUGAACGCAGUCAUAAGGCCCUUCCAUCAGAUCCGUCCCAUGCUUUGCGAGCGUUUUCCCGGCGACAUUCAGGAGCUUAUGCAAUCCGACGUUCUCUAUCUGGAGACCAAAAUGGAUGGCGAGCGUUUCCAGCUGCAUAUUGAUCGCGGUCGAUUCAUGUACCUUUCCCGAAACGGAGUGGACUAUUCUAACAAUUUUGGCGAAAGCUAUAGCCGGGGAACGUUGACGCCACAAUUGCGUGGUCUGUUGCCGCUCGGCCUACAGACGAUCAUCCUCGAUGGCGAGAUGAUGGUUUGGGACACCAACCAAAAGAGGUAUCGCGAAAAGGGCGAGAACACGGAUGUAAAAAAUCUAAAGCCCGAUCGAAGCUGGCGGCCUUGUUUUGUGGUCUACGAUCUACUGUACUUCAAUGGCCAGAGUCUGCUCGAUUUGACAUACAUCCAGCGAUCCUACAAGCUCCAAAAGUUGAUCGGCGAACAGCAAGGAGUGCUGCAGCUGAUGCGCGGUACCAAGAUUGGCUCAAUCGAGGAAUUCAACAAACUCUUCCAGCAAGCCCUUGACUCCAAUGCCGAAGGCAUUGUUCUAAAAAAGCAGAGCUCCAUCUACCAGCCGGGAGUUCGAGUCGGCGGGGGAUGGUACAAGGAUAAGGCAGAUUACAUCAAGGGUCUCAUAACCGAAUUCGAUGUUCUCAUCAUUGGAGGCUUUUAUAAUCGCAAGCGCACAUUUAUCGAUUCGUUUCUACUAGGCGUUCUCCAGCCAAUGGCUAAUAGCGACAGUCGUCAUGAGGUUUACAGCAUUGGUUGCGUUACCAAUAAUACGAGACAAGCAGUGGUGCUGAAUCAUACGCUGAGGCCACACUGGCACGAUACCACCAAGGAGCCGCCGCCACUAUGGUACCAUUACAUGGCUAACGAAAAGAUUGGCUCCCCGGAUCUGUGGAUCGAUCCACACAAUUCGAUUAUCUUGCAGGUUAAGGCGGCGGAUUUGACACCCAAUAGUGCCUUCUAUACGCCCAAAGCUUUGCACUUUCCACGCAUCGAACUGAAGCGCGACGAUAAGGCCUGGAAUGAAUGCAUGACGCUACAGGAGUUUAACCAGCUGUGUGAGGGCUCUGGUCCGAUCAAGAAACUGAACAAGCGUCACCUGUGUUUGGAUGAUUUGACCACGAAACGAAAACGUCUACGCAUGACGCCCGCAGAGCGCAGGCGUCUAGGUCUGGCCAUAUACGAGAAGCGCUACGAUGUCGGGACGAGUUCUAGCUGCACAAAACUUUUCGAAGGCCUUAGUUUCUGCAUCUUGAGUGGUGCGCCAGGCCAGAGCAAGCACAAACUGCAAGAAUUGGCAGCCAAGAAUGGUGGCUGCAUUGUGGAGAAUCCGCUGCCCAACGACCCGAAAUGCUUCUGUAUAGCAGGAGAUCAGACGUUCCUGGUAAAGCGACUAAUGCAGCAGCAACCGUGCACUAGCGAUAUUGUGCGCAUGGAGUGGCUGAUACGCGUCUGUCAGGAGCAAGAGCUUGAGCUACGUCCAAAAGAUUUGCUUUCGGCCACCGAGCCACUACAGGAUGAUUUGGCCGAAUGGUUUGACAAAUUAGGAGACAGCUAUACAAAGGACUUUGCGAGCGUUGAUGAACUGCUCGAAUUACUACAGGACAUCGGUAAGGAGGAGCUUGCCGUCAACCAUGUGUCACAGUCCGAAAUCAAUGCCUUCGAAGACAAGUUGCUGGGCCAGGCCACACGAAACAUAUUCCGUGACUUGCAUGCCUACUUCUAUGAUCCAAAGGGCGACGAACUGAGCAAAGUUUUGUUCCUGCAGAAUGGCGGCACGCUGGCAAGCGAAUCCGACCCCCAACUAAACCUUGUAUUUGUAUGCCUGUCUUCGGAUAUAGACGAUAAUUACUUUGAGUCGUGGCUACAUAACCAUUUAAGUUCGUAUUCUGGCGAAGUCCUUAACUCUGCAUGGAUCCAUCAAUCGCACCGUGAACGCCGCCUUCUAAAAAUGAGUUGUUUUUCGUUUAAAUAGAAUUUUUUUAAAAGGUUUACGCAUACAAUACAUAUGCCAGCUUGUUUUGGUCGUUGCAUCGCGAUGAGUGAAAGUGGAGAAAAACUUGUUAAGUGACAAACAGGUUUGUAAUAUUAAAUAAAAAUAGCUUUUUAAUUGCUCAUCAAUAUUUUCGAGCGAAUACGGUUACUUGGAAGCAAAAAAAAAA